GUACAACAACGAGUGGAACAACUACCUCUGGAACAACAACUAGUGGAACAACAACAUCUGGAACGACAACUAGUGGCACCACAACAACUAGUGGAACAACUACUACCAGCGGUACAACAACCAGUAGUGGCACCACAACAACUAGUGGAACAACCACAACAAGUGGUACUACUACUACAUCCGGAACAACAACCACAAGUGGAACAACAGGAACGACUCCAUGUGACAAGCUUGAUCUGAUGAACACAAGUGAGAACCCAUCACCACCACCAACACCAUCCGCAGUCGGAAAUGAAGCCGGCGACCCUCUGUCGGAAAUACCUUUGGAUGAGACACCCUUUGUUGACUCAGUAAAGGUCACAUCGGAAACGAUCUUCACUUCUGUGCCCUCUGAGGAAACCACCAACCCUCAGGUGACUGAGUUCCCUGUCAAAUCUUCGACUGAUGAGAUUAUCUUGGUGACUAAAGAGAUACCUGAUGGCUACACAGUCAAUGGGACACCAGUUGAUACCUCUAGCAGUACCCCAGGCACCAUUAAAAACGUGUAUCUCACUACUGUGCCAGUUACACCAAGUACAAAUCCAGUGACAGUAACCACUCCAGCUGGAAAAGACAAACCUGAAGUCUUCCAAAAGAUUGUGGGCACUGUCGACCCAAGUGAUUCUUCUCUUUAUGAAGUUCCCGUCAAUGGUCCAGUAUCAGCCAUUCUUGUGCCAGCAACUGCUAGUGUAACUGAAAUUGUCAUAUGCCAGCACGAAACAACAGGUACAACAACGAGUGGAACAACUACCUCUGGAACAACAACUAGUGGAACAACAACAUCUGGAACGACAACUAGUGGCACCACAACAACUAGUGGAACAACUACUACCAGCGGUACAACAACCAGUAGUGGCACCACAACAACUAGUGGAACAACCACAACAAGUGGUACUACUACUACAUCCGGAACAACAACCACAAGUGGAACAACAGGAACGACUCCAUGUGACAAGCUUGAUCUGAUGAACACAAGUGAGAACCCAUCACCACCACCAACACCAUCCGCAGUCGGAAAUGAAGCCGGCGACCCUCUGUCGGAAAUACCUUUGGAUGAGACACCCUUUGUUGACUCAGUAAAGGUCACAUCGGAAACGAUCUUCACUUCUGUGCCCUCUGAGGAAACCACCAACCCUCAGGUGACUGAGUUCCCUGUCAAAUCUUCGACUGAUGAGAUUAUCUUGGUGACUAAAGAGAUACCUGAUGGCUACACAGUCAAUGGGACACCAGUUGAUACCUCUAGCAGUACCCCAGGCACCGUUAAAAACGUGUAUCUCACUACUGUGCCAGUUACACCAAGUACAAAUCCAGUGACAGUAACCACUCCAGCUGGAAAAGACAAACCUGAAGUCUUCCAAAAGAUUGUGGGCACUGUCGACCCAAGUGAUUCUUCUCUUUAUGAAGUUCCCGUCAAUGGUCCAGUAUCAGCCAUUCUUGUGCCAGCAACUGCUAGUGUAACUGAAAUUGUCAUAUGCCAGCACGAAACAACAGGUACAACAACAAGUGGAACAACUACAUCUGGAACAACAACUAGUGGCACCACAACAACUAGUGGAACAACUACUACCAGCGGUACAACAACCACUAGUGGCACCACAACAACUAGUGGAACAACCACAACAAGUGGUACUACUACUACAUCCGGAACAACAACCACAAGUGGAACAACAGUAGAAAGGUGCAAGGAAUUUAAUAUGAAUGGCACGAGUGACAACGCUCCGUUCGAGGUGCAGAAGUUUGUCGUCGGAAACAAGACGGUUCUGGAAGCGAUAUAUAGCCCUCCAGCCUUUGUGGAUAGGUACUACACAAGAGCACCACCAGGCACAGUACCCAACUUCUUUGAAGUUAUUACAUCGACGCAUGAUCCUGGUGUCAGUAGAAAGUUGACGUUUGAGGAUACCACCAAAGAUAAACAGACAAUCCUUGUGACGGUUCUGUCACUCGAGGAAGCAAAAGGCCUAACAUUCACUCAAGUGGGCACAAAUAAACUAAUCACGCCCAUUGCAAAAGAAUUGGGAGAAAACGCAUUUAGCAAGGAAACCGUCGUAUGUGCUUUCUUUAAUAAAGAAGACGUAGUCAAUGGGAUAAAGGUGCAAGGAAACUUCCAGCAGGCAACUUCGUUGAAAUAUUUUGCAGAGCUUGUUGAAAAUUCCGUGACCAUUAACAAGCUGAUCAAAGGCUACGUUGUUACCUUCAACGGUGUGAUCGACAACAUAGAGGACACUGUGGGUGUUUGUGAGGAAGAAACAACCGGAACUACAUCAGGAACUACUACCAGUGGCACAACAACAAGUGGAACAACAACCAGUGGCACAACAACAAGUGGAACAACAACCAGUGGAACAACAACCAGCGGAACAACAACCAGCGGAACAACAACCAGUGCCACCACGGGGCCGCCAACAUGCUGGGAACCAUGGGGAGAGUGGUCCGCCUGCGAUACUGGAUGUAAAUCUGUUACGGUUUCAAGGACCAGAAAUAGAAACUGUUCUGAUGACACCAGAUGUACCUGCACAGAGAGUAAAGUGCAGGAGUUGGCAUGUGAAUCGGACUGUUCUACACCUGUCUGUGGUGAAAACAUGAAAAUCAGCACUAACUGCAAUGAGACGUGCGAGACCUGUUAUGGAAUGCGAUUUUCCGCUGCCUGCUUGAGUUCAGGGGACUGUGUCAUUGGUGAAACAUGUGUCUGCGAGGAGGGCUACAAGAUGGAGGACGGCAAAUGCAUACCUAAAGAAGAGUGCGGAUGUUACGACAGUGAGGGGAAAAAAUACAACGAAAAUGAAGUUUACCCAUCACCAUCCGGAAGCCCAUGUGAAGAAUGCAAAUGUAACAAUGAGAAGAAAUUUGUCUGUGGACCUAAGGCUGCAUGCUGCGACUGGGCUGAAUGGACAUCGUGGGAUGAUUGCAAUCCAUCAUGCGGAGUGAAUGCAACAAAAUCGAGGACAAGGGUGUCACAGAGCGCAGUUACGUGCGAUAAGCAGAACCCAGAGACAGAGACCGCCGAUUGCGUUGUACCACUAUGUCCCUGUGAUUAUCAGGGUGACAUCAUCAAAAGCGGCACUACUGUCGAUGAGGAGUGUUUCACUGUGAAAUGCGAAGACGGAAACGCCACCAAGGUUCCCAAAUCACCAAUUGAUGGUACGUAUAAGGAGUGGGCCGAAUGGUCAACCAUCACUUGUAAUGGAAAGAUGUGCAGGGACAGGAACAUGACAAGACAAAGAGAGUGCGAUGGCCCUAAAUGCGACGGCAAGGAAUGUGAAAACGGCCCCAGAGAAGUGGAGACAGAACCUUGUGGAACUGCCGAAUGCUGCGAUCCUGUAUGGACUGCUUGGACAUCUUGCAGUAAGGACUGCAUCAAGGAUGGUGAAGCUUCAGGUAUCAGGACAAGGAACUUCACAAUCGCAAAUCCCGACGACAAGAGCUGUCAAAUUACUGAGCAGACCCAAGAACCUUGCGGAGAACCCUGCUAUUGCAACAAGUAUAUAUGGAGCGAAUGGACAACAUGUGAAGGCACAUGUGGACUUCAGAAUGUCACAAGAACACGUGAUACACAAAAUGAUGUGAGGUGCGAACACUUGGAUAAAUUGGAGACCCGUGAUUGCUACGAGGAACCAUGCAUAUGCGACAAAGCCAACGAAGAGUAUAGUAACUACACCUACUGCCAAAUGACUUGUGAAGACAGGAGCCCGAGGGACAACUGCGAGUCCCCUCCAAAACCUGGUUGUAUGUGCACCAACAACACCAUGAGGCGUGGUGCAGAUUGCGUCACGAUCGAGGAAUGUCUAGACUGUGUGUAUAAUGGCAAAAUUUAUAAGAACGGAGAAAGCAUCACAGAUCCAGCCGAUAACUGUACCAAGUUCAUCUGUGAAGAAGGCGAGCCAAUGCCUACUGAUAACUGUGUAAAGUCAUGCAAUUCCGACACCGAAGAUAUGAUUCUUGCUCCCGAAGGUUCUUGCUGCAAGUAUGAAUGCAGAAAGAAGACAUGUCAACCCUCUCCUGAAAAGGUCACGAUUGGCGUUCAGGGCUGUGUCGACAGCUUUGAGGUAGAGCAGUACUCCUGCAAAGGUGACUGCGGUCCUAGUACUGUCACCUUCGACGUGACUAAUAAUAACGCCAUGGUGAAGGAGUGCAGAUGUUGCAUCCCUGUCGAGACGUCACUCAAGAACUACACCGUCACCUGCACUGACUCUUCUUCCCGUACCAUCAGCAUCAGGGAAAUCACCAGCUGCUCUUGUAACAUGUGCAUGUAAAGCAGAGGUAACCAGUCUAGGAAUAUGUUGAAACAAAGACUGCAGUGCUCGCUAUACAGCGCCAGCAUUAUUAAUUUAUCUAUGUAUUUUUGAAUUGUAAUUUGAAAAGUGAAUAAAAUAUGCAUAAUUAUAUAAA